AUGGGAAACGAAGCUUCCACUGGAAAUGUGACGUCCGCUCUGAAAGCAACCAAGAGGUCAAGCAACUUGCUGCUGGCCGGCUGGCAAAAGAGAAAGUUGCCGACACAACUCUUCGCAGUGGUUCGGCAUACGGAGCGCGCCGACGGAGUCUUCGCCUUCUGGGAGAACGGCAGAUGGUCGAGCUCAGAAGACUGCAGGAGGUUCCCUCUGGAUCCGCCGCUCAGUGACGCGGGUCACGAGCAGGCGGAAGUGCUGGGAGUUGACAUUCGGCAAUUUGCCGAGCAGAAAGGCACCGACUUCCACGUGGUCGUGUGCUCGCCGUAUUCGCGGUGUGUUCAGACGGCGGUGAAGAUAUGCCAGCAUCUAGGACCGAAGGCCAAGAUGCUGAUCGACCACUCCCUGGGUGAAAUCUAUGGCCCGUCCGUGAUGGGGGAGGCACAACCUCGUGAUCACCUCCGAGCUUUCACCGUGGCUGUAGACUACUGCAGAGCUCACGACGUCCCCGUCGUGACCAGGGCAGUCGGGCAAAAACCGGUGUGGCCGGAAUCACUGCAAGAUGCGCGUCGGAGAUUUGCAUUACGCUUUCUGCAGUAUCUGCAACGCGGAGCUGUGGCCAAGCGAAAUUUUCUAAUCGUUACGCACGGCGACUGCAUUGGAUCCGUCAUGAGCAUCAUGCCGGAGCAGCAGGAUCUGCUGGUCGAAAAGGUGGAAUACGGUGCCACGAUUCUGGCAUCUAGGCAGGCCGUUCAGAGACUGCCAGCUCCGACGCCGAAGCAAACCGCGCCUCGCGCAAAGGGCAUGGCCUCCGUAAUGCCUAUGUCAGCGGAGGAAGAAGUCGUGGUCGAGGGCGCCGGUGACUUUCGUCUUCAGGACGGAUUGGAGCACAUAGCCGAGGGCCUCGAGGACACCGAAGGUUCUGGUCAGCGGGAGCCCGACAAGUGGGCCAUACCUGCCGAUGCAGACAAGGCCGGCCCGGAGGUAAACAAGCUGACGCAGAAGGUCAUGACUGGCUGGAACUGCGAGACGAUUCACAUCUCCGUCCGCCAUAAAAAGAGCAAGGGGUCCAAACUGGCCAAGCGACUCACAGCGCUCGUCGAGUCAGGGCCGUUCUCCAUGCAGAAAGUGGAGAAGCUCUUGGGUGCUAUUCCACAGACACCCCUUGGCGACAGCACGCCGCUUCCGUCGACUCCUGCAAACCAUAGUACAACGCUUUCGGUGCAGUCCGGGCUCUCUGCAUCCACGUAUCUCUUUGGUGGCUCGCAGCUCGACUCCGAGGACUUCAACCCCUUCGUGCCACCGAGUCCUGAUGCAGUCGGCCAGAAUCAGCGUGUGCUCAGUUCUCAGCUGGACUUCCAGAAACGCAAGAUGGAAAUGUCCCACAUGUCGCAGAGAUCGGCCUCCGCAGUGGACAAGUUGUCCAUGAAGCACUACUUGAAUCCAUUGGAGGGUGUCGAAGAAGGUCUGGAAAGGAGUCCAUCAAAGCCCGCCGGAAAGGCAGAUGCAGUCGAGCCAUCCGAGCCUGAGCGAAAGGUGUCUUCGCCCAGCCUUAUCUUAGAUGGGAGGAUCAGUGACGGCCCUUAUUCGGAUGAAGGCAGCCAUGUUAGUCUGAUGAGCCGGGAAGAAGGGCCUGGGAAGCCCAGCGCACAGUCUCCAAAGCUGCCCAGCCCUGUCGUGGCUGUCAAGCCCCUGAAUUCCUCAAGAGAUACGACCCUUACAGCCGCUUCGGCGGCACCCUCGCCUGUGCCAAAGCCCGAGGAGCCCAAGAAGAACUUCGGCGCUCCAGAUCAGCAGAAAGUCGCAUUUCCAGCCGCGGAGCUGUACAUCUCCGUGUCGUACAGAUUAGUGUCGAAGCCACUGGUCUGGUUGAAGCUGGAAGAAUCAGCCCUGCCUGACUGGCCUACGCUGUUGGCUGCACUUGUACAGCAUUUCCCUUCCUCUGUGCACGUGCAGCUUGGCAUGUCUGAGUUGCAAUAUUCGGUGUCUUCCCUCACGGAUAUUCCGAGUACGUUGGUGAUUCCAACUACAGGCUGUGCCGGGCAGUUUACACUCUCGAUGCUGCUGUCUCGAAUCCGGACACGCGCUCGAUGUGGUGUGGACUGGGGCAAAGAGGCGCUGAACCUGGCCUGUGGCCUUAGAUCCCCCGACCUUUGCAUGGCUCUGAGGGCCUGGUGGCGAACCGAGCGGCGCCACGAGCCAGGUGGCACCGGUGCAGCAUCCGGCAAGGCAGCUGGUGGCGAGGCAGAAAAACCCUGUGCCCAAAGUGGUGCAGACGAGUCAUAA